CCACCAUGUUGCCUGCCUGUAUUUCCCCGCAGCCUCGAGUCGUAUCUGUACCUCCCUCAGGUUGUCAGUCCGGCCUGAACAUGCACCGCUGACCCCGCCCCGACAGCUACCUAGCGUGUCUUUUUGUUAUUUCACCGCAAAGCUAUCAGUAUGCCUAUCACCACCAAAAUGGCUUCUACGGCGAGACCUCCCCUCGUACCCCCCGCCGAUCUCGAGUCUUUUCAGAAACAUCUCAACUCCUCGAAGCGUAUAGUAGCUCUUGUUGGAGCUGGACUCUCAGCCUCUUCUGGUCUGCCUACGUUUCGAGGUGCUGGAGGACUAUGGCGAACCCACGAAGCCACCGAGCUCGCCACUCCGGGGGCAUUCCAACGUGAUCCGGCCUUGGUGUGGCAGUUCUACUCCUAUAGACGACAUAUGUCACUAAAGGCACACCCGAAUCGCGCACAUUACGCGUUGGCAGAGCUGGCACGGCGGAAGGAUUUCAUGACCGUGAGCCAGAACGUGGACGGUCUAUCGCAACGAGCCUCGCACCCCCCUUCUAGCCUCAAGCUCGUCCACGGCUCGCUCUUCGACGUGAAGUGCAACGAGUUCUUCUGCGAAUAUGCAGAAUCGAACAAUUUCACCGAUCCCAUUGUGCCGGCCCUCGCCCUCCCUACAGACGAGUCCGACCCUACGACCACCGAAGCCCUCCGUGCCCGCGAGCUCGAUAUCUCUGACGAGCGCGUCACCCUCCCCGAGCUCAACAUUCGCGACCUCCCGCGGUGUCCGAAGUGUAAGAAGGGUCUGCUCCGGCCUGGCGUCGUAUGGUUCGGGGAGAUGCUGCCGAAGGACACGCUUAAGGACAUCGAGACUUGGAUGGACGAUCCGAGGCAGAUCGACCUGAUAAUCGUGAUUGGCACGAGCGCUCGAGUAUAUCCGGCGGCCAGCUAUGUCGAUGACGCGAGGAUGAGGGGAGCGAAGGUUGCGGUCGUGAACAUGGAUCCUGCAGACGUGCCGGCUGGGGGGCUGUAUGCUGGGGAUUGGUUCUUCCAAGGUGAUGCGAGUGAGAUUGUGCCGGAGAUUCUGAAGUCGGUUAUUGGUGAGGUGGAGCUGCCGGAGCGAUCAUGAUGAGGUUUGAAGGAUCAUUGAGUAGUAUUUUCGUGUUGUUUGGAGUCCACACAAGGCGUUCGGUUGCUGGAGUUAGCUUGCACCCCCCCUUUAUCUUCAUGGGCCGGUAGGAUAAAAAUUCCAGAACUUCGUCGGUUAUUCUCCAUGCUCUGGCGAUUCCAGAUCUGGUUUCCUUUUUCUUGCACGAGUUGUGGUUGUUGAGUUAUGUGCGAAAAGGUGGGUGGACGUGAGAAAACCGUAAAUAUUCAGUCUCUCUGGUUUCGACACUUCUUGGCAGCCAAAAGCUGCCCGAUGGGGGUGGACGACGGUAGAACAAAACUCCGAGGUGAGGUUUUCACGAUUUCUCAGACUCCCACAACAUCUUCACGAAUAGCUC